UGCCCGAGGUGUAUGCAGUGUGACACCAAAUUCGACUUCAUCAGAAGAAAGCACCACUGUCGGCGGUGCGGCCGGUGUUUCUGCGAUAAGUGCUGCAGUAAGAAGGUGGUGCUGCCCCGCAUGUGUUUCGUGGAUCCGGUGCGGCAGUGCGCCGAGUGCGGCCUGGUCUCCCAGAAAGAGAUGGAGUUCUACGACAAGCAGCUCAAAGUGCUUCUGGGAGGUGGCACCUUUGUCGUCACUUUGGGAACGUCGGAGAAGUCUGAAACUAUGACGUGUCGCCUCUCCAACAACCACAGGUAUCUGUUCCUCGACGGUGAGAGUCACUUCGAGGUGGAGUUGUCUCGGAUCUCCAGCAUGCAGAUUUUGACAGACGGGACGAGUCCAGGAGAGAAUGACAUUCACACUUACACCAGUCUCCUGGACAGUCAGUAUAUCUCUGAAGGAGGGACGUCGCGGGCCAGCGGCAUGCUGCUCCACUACAAGCCAAUGGGCUCCCAGGACGCUCAGCAGCUCCGCAUGGAGGCAGCGGACGACAAGAAGGUGGCCUCGUUGGUUGGCUGCCAAUGCACAACGUACACUGGACAGACAAACAGGACUCGUACUGUCGCUGCAAAACAUGCGGCCAAACUGCUGUAUGAAGCUCGGGACCAGUGA